AUGGCCUCGACACGCAAAGCAAGAGAGUCAGUACGUGCAAGUGCAGCUAAUUUUGAAAGUGUUGUGGCUCAGUGGUUUGAAGAAGAUGAUUCUUGCGAGGAAGGAAAUAUUUUUGAAGAUUCAAGUAGUGAAGAGUCAGCCAAUGAACCUGCACAUGUGAAUAUUGAGGCAGAUGACAGUUCUUCCGAUAAUAUUACUUCAUCAGAGUCUGGAAAUGAAGAACCAGCAGAAAAAGGUAUAGAAGACCACACAUACAUUAGUCGGAAUGGAACGACUUGGAAAUUAGAUCCCCCAGCAACUUUUCGUUCGCCUGUCCAUAAUAUCGUAAAGAAGACACCUGGCCCAGCCCGUGGUUUGAAAACCUGUAAACCUAAGGACGAAUGGGACUAUUUCAUCUCCAAGGAAAUACUAGAGGAAAUCAUCAACUGCACAAAUAUUGAAAGCAGAAGAGUGGCUGCUUUACGUGGUAAAACGUGGAAAAACGUUUCGCUUGCUGAAAUGGAGGGUUUUCUUGGUCUUUUACAGCUUUCUGGUGUUGAGAAGAGUUGGGAUGUCCCUAUUAGAGAAUUAUUCUUGGAUGAAAAGGCAAAUCCUACAUAUAAGGCCACCGUGUCAGUAAAUAGAUUCGAGGAUAUAAGGAGAAUGAUAAGAUUUGAUGACAGGCGUACCCGUGAAGCUCUAUCUGCAGACGACAAACCUGCAGCUGUUCGCUAUGUAUGGGAACUAUUUCUUGACAAGUGUAAAAAUAGAAUGAUUCCCAAUGAUUCGCUCACAGUUGAAGAACAGCUAGUCCCAUUAUGUGGUAGAUGCAGCUUCACCCAGUAUAUGCCCUCUAAACCAGCCAAGUAUGGCAUAAAAAUAUUUUGGUUAUGUGAUGCUGCAUCUGCAUAUGCUUCAGACGGAAUUGUUUACGCGGGAAGGAAGCCGCAUGAACCUACUCAGAAAAAACUUGGAUUGAAUGUGGUGAAAGAUCUUGUUAAAAACAUUGAAGGAUCAUCAAAAAAUAUUACUGUUGACAACUUCUUUACUAGUGUGCAGCUGGCAGAAGAGAUGCUUCAGAAGCAAAUUACAGUGGUGGGAACAAUCAAACAAAAUAAACCAGAAUUUCCUAAUGAGAUGAAACCACCUGCCUCAAGAGCGAUUCAUUCCUCUUUGUUUGCCUUUAGAGGUGACAUUACAAUGGUCAGCCACAUGCUCGUACAUUUACCUGAGAUUGGAAAGGACAUGUUUGAAAACAUACAAGAAAAUAAUGUUCACAAACCACAUUACAUAGAAAAGAGAGCUUUUGCAAGCUUCACCACCACUUAA